AUUAAUUAUGCAGAUGAAUUGCCUACAAACACGGUUGAAUAGUCAAAUAUCAUAGUAAAAAAUGGGAUAAAUCAGUGUUGGAUAUUUUUUGUAAUUUGGCUGUUCUUUUUCAAUUUCUGUUCAGCUUUUUCAUAAUACUUUUGUGUCAUCAAAUUGUUUUAGAUUUUCUAUGUAUAUAAUAUUAUCGGUUUCAUAAAUUUGGUACCACAGUAUGGAACAUCGCCGAAUAUUUAAAAAUGCGAAUUGAAUGACAAUUUGCAAAACAAAAGAGAAUUAUAUUUCAUUUCGCGUGACGCGACGAGAGGAAAAAAUAUCGCGCAAUUCAUGAAACGUCGCAGCCAGAUUUUAGUAUUUUUGACGAGAGACAUCGGUUGAUUUUCACGUUUCGCUGUUGAAAAUAAAUAUUCGGAAAAUGAACGUAACGCUUCAGAAACACGAUGGUAAACACAUAUACAAAGUGCCGGAAGGGUUACGAGAGCUUUGCACCGAUAUUUCCCGCGAGGUUCUCCGCUCUCAGCCGGCCAACCUGUACCAUUUCAUCUCCGAAUACGUGGACACGCUUCUGAUCACGCGCGAAAACACGAAAAUUGCGGUCAAAGUCGUAAACAAUAUUCUACUUGGAAGUGAAGCAAUUCUCAGUAUACUUUACCGGGCUGGUUUUACUUUGGAGCAGAUCGCUGUCGCGGCUCCACGGAUUCAAAGAGCGUUCCGCGAGUACUUGGACGCAGUUGACAUGCACCCGGUGCAAAUAUGCGACGAUUACAGUCACGAUGAAAAAUCCCUGAUGUCGAUACAGAGCAUCCUAGAGGCCACAGGAGCCACCCGAGAAGAUGCAGAACGAGCUGCUACAGUGAUACAAGCUGCAUUUCGCGGGCACUACGAAAGAAUGGCACUGAACGAGGCUCAAGGAAAGGUUCAAUGGCAAAGAGCAGUAACAAAUACUUUGGACAUUUUGAAAAAAGCUGGUGCGUCUCAAACAGAGAUUUCAAAGGCCGUUGAACACUUGAAGUUCGCUUAUCGAGGAUACUACACUCGAAGGAAUCAAAGGCUCGAUGCUCUGGGAAUUGAGCAGGAACCUCUUAAGAAGGAUGAACGGAUACUGGAACCUGGAGAAGCCAUUCAAGCGGUCGCUUGGAUGGAAAUGAUGUACGAGGAUUCCGGAUUGACGGUGGAAAAGGCCAAUGAGGCUGCUUGUGUUAUUCAGAGAGCCUAUAAAAAAUAUCGCGCAAGAAGACGUUGCUACGACGUGCAGAAGCUAGAAUCGUCCAAGUCGUUGGUCGUGGAGGCGAUCCUCGACAGUGUGCGACACAUGGUUUUCGAAAGGGUUACAUCACGUCAGGACAUCCCAACGGAGUACGGCACUCAAGAGGAAUUAAUGAUCGCUAGCACCAAGGUCCAGCUAACUAUCAAACAACACCUAAGAAAAACGCGUUUCUCUAGAGAAAGUUAUUUGCAAUCUACUGAAGAGGAGUAUGAAGGGGAGCAAUUAUACGACGAAGAGGAAGAAGAAUUUGAGGACGAAGAAAGGGGAGAGGGUGCAGUAGCAGAGCCCCAAAGCAAAGAACUAGAAGCGAAGGCAGGUGCUGAUUAUGUGGAAGAACAGACGGAAGAGAAAGACGAUGCGAAGGAGCAAGCACCAGAAGCUGAAGUUACAGAACAUGUGCAUCCAAGUCCAGGAUUAGAACAACCAGAAGAAGCAGAACUUAAAGAAGUGGAAAAAGAAGCUGAAGAAGUACACGAAUUAAAAGAAACGGAGGAUCAGGAAAAAGUGGCAGAAGUGACGGAAGUGGCGCAAGAGAUGGAAGUAGCAAAAGAGACAGAAAUGGCGGAAGAGAAGGAAGUGGCAGAAAAAUCGGAAGUAGAGAAAGAGACGAAAGUGCCAGAAGAGACGGAAAAGACGGAAGUGGCGCAACAGACGGAAAAGGCGGAAGAGGCGGAAGAGCCAAAUGUUGCCCAAGAGACCAAAGGUACCUCGGACGCGGGUGCAGAAUGAUAUAAAUGCCCUCAUUUAUUAACUUUAUUAAAGCAAUAUACUUCCGAAAUAAGUUUAUUAACUUUAUUAGCGUAAUAUACUUUAAAAAAUAACUCUGCUGAAGUGCACCAGUGCACAGUUUUUUAAGCGACGAAAUUGAACCUCCGUCGUACCCAAUUUUAUACGCCCUCUUUUCGCUUUCCCCGAAGCGAAAAUGAAAAUUAGAAGGAAAAGUGGCAUGCUGGAAGAUUUUAAUGAAAAUUUGAGAAACAUAUUGAGAAAAAUUUGAGGCUAUUUCAAUUUACACUUCCUCUUUGAAGAUACUUUUAAUGAUCUCAAUUAAAUUAGAAAUUUUCUUACACCUUAACAUUAUAAUUACCAGCGUUCAAUGCAGACUGAUUUCUAAAUUGAAAAUAAAACAGGAAGAUAAAUAGAUAAAGAAUUAGAUAAACGAGCGUAUACAAUAAUUCUUAAUUUCAACAGAAGUCAACGUACAUUUCAACAAAAGUAUUUUA